AUGGAACUUAUGCAGCUGAAGCAGGGUUCCUUGUUUGUGGCAGACUAUAUUAGCCGAUUAGAGGCACUCUGUAGGUUCUCUAGGGUGUGUCAGGGUGCCCCAAAGACCUACGAGGGCUGGAAGUGCAUAAAGUAUCAAAGGGGCUUGAAGGAUAGCAUCACGACUGUCGUGGCUCUUUUAAAGAUUCAGAUUUUCUCUGACCUGGUAAUCAAGGCGAGAGUUGUUGAGGAAUAUGCAAAGACAGUAGCCUCGUCAAGGGACAUUCUUGGAGGAAACACUAGUAUGGAAAGUGACGAUCACCUUGGACCAAGGGGACAAAAUUUUAAGAAAGAUGGACAUACUCCUCAGUAUCUGCAAGGCCAAGGGAACUUCAGAAGGGACAACAAAGUCCAGUUUCACCAUAUGAAAGGGAGUCGCCUGUGUUAUGCUUGUGGACUACCUGGGCACCUAGCCAAGAACUGCCAUCGUAAAGGAAACCAGAACAUGGGUCAGAAUCAACAACCAGGCCGUGUGUUCACCAAGGAUGCAAAGGAGGUGACAAAGUUGGGUUUGCUAAUGCGAGGUAAGCGCAUAAAGUUGUUGUGA